AUGUUCACUCUAGGGGGUCAACGGGUCUUACAUAAGUGCCUCAAGAUUUUGAGGUUAACGUUUGUCGACUUUAGUAGUCUCCCUGAUAUAAAGAAGUUAAAUCUAGUAAGAACUGUUGAGAAGACGAUAGAUACUAACACUAAUAUAUUUAUAGAGAGCCCGAUACAUGUUAAAGUGACACCCAUUGAUGUCAAUGAUUUAAACGCACACAACAAACUGACCAUGACUCUCUACAGUCAGGGGAAAGAUAUCAAUGAUUUCCAAGUUAAACAGACCUCGAAGCGACUGGAGCUACUCAACCAAAAUACUUCUCCGGACAAGAACGAUGUGUGCAUCAUACAGGUCCCUUAUAAAGUUAAUGUACAGGUCACAACUAUAGAUACGGCGUCUGUGCAACUAUCAAAGCUUGAAGCAGCGGAGUUUGUCGUCAAGACCCAGAAAGGAUCAGUUAAUGUCGCUAAUAUAAAAGCUGAUAAAAUUGAAGUCGAAAGUGGAUCUGGGGAAGUUAAAACUGACGGCACUUUGCAAGCGAGCCAAAUAGAAAUUAAAACUGGUCUAGACGGGGAUAUAAGGUGCAAUAAUAUAAUGGCGAACUCAUUCACAGUUGUGUCACACGCUGGAAACAUCUCCGUCAAGUCAUGUUACAGUGACAAAUCACAUUUCACAACUCUCAUGGGCAAUAUUAAGUUGGACCACCUUCAUAGAACUGUGAAAAUAGAUGUCAUACAGAAAGGAAAUUUGAGUAUCACCGGAUUCGCUGGUAAUCUUCAAGCAACACUCAAGAGCGGCGACGUUUUCAUGCAUGCGUCUCAAUUAACCGAGAAAAGUAGCAUUUUCAUACAUGAAAAAGGAAAGGUGGAACUUUUAAUACCAAAAAUCUUACACAAUUUGCCAUCGACAAAUUUAAUAGCGGAAAAAAUAACAGUGGAUGAAAAGAUUCUGAAACUCGGUAGGUUUAUGGACGAUUCACAUCCAAAGAGGUUUAGAUAUGAGAAGGAACCUCAGAAUGAGUUGCAUAUAGUUUGUAAGAAUGGUAAAAUUGAAUUAAAGGAAACGGAUCUCCCUUUCAUUAUAUGA